GACAAAAUGAAAAACAUCACUUUAGCAUUUCCCAAUACAGGUCUCCUUCCCUUCAAGAUACCACCAUGAGCUCCAGCCACACCCAGAAGAACCGAGGGGACUCCACUCCGCUGCCUCCAAUCAACGAGCGCCUGGCUUUCCUGCGGCCGUCCAGAGAGCUGUUAGAGUAUUACCGCAAGAAGAUCGCUGAGUUUGAUGAGGAACACGAGGAUCUGGUAAAGCAACUGGAGCAAUACAAAGCUACCUUUGAGGAGCAGAAGCUGUGCCCCCCCACUAUGGAAAGCAGAGGAACCUCAAGCUGCAGAAUCCAUCACUUCACAGUGGAACAAGGAAAGGGAGGGGUUGGGCCAUAUUGUGAGCCUAAGGGGGGGGUAAAGUCCCUGUGAGCAGAAACAGAAUAUCAUGGUUUCCUUUCAGUCUGUGGAAUCAGGUAUGGCAGUUUAGAUGUUUUAAUGCACCUUUUUCACAUAAGCCCAACUGAAUGAACAUCAAACAUGUAGGAUAUUUUCCCUUUAAAUGAGCCCUCCAGUGUCACAGGCAGUUUGUCACUUUAAUGGAUUGGGUUACCUGUAAGGAGAUAAUUCCCGAGUUCUUUGCCAUGCAUUGGCAUUUAGCUCAGUUCAUAUGUUCUAUAGAGCUGUGACUGGGGCACUACUGGCCAUACCUUGAAGCUUUUGUUUGGGAUUUACUUCUCAGUGGGAGCUGCAGUUGCUUUUAGAACAGAGGUUUUUUUGUUCAGACCACCCUCUUCUCUCUACUCACAGCUUAUUGGCCCGUGUAGGGACAGGAACGAGGGGCCUGCCCGACCGAUA